AUGUCCAAAAGCGCUUCUGCUUCUGUUGCUGGUGCAGAAAGAACCUCAGACGGGGCUGCGGCAGGUGCAUGUCGUGAGCACAACACACAGGAACUAACGGGUUUCGUGCAAAAUUUGCUUCAAAAUAUGCAAGAACGUUUUCAGGAGAUGUCUGACUCCAUCAUUACUCGCAUUGAUGAGAUGGGAACACGCAUUGACGACCUUGAAAAUUCCAUCUCAGAGCUGAUGCACCAGGCGGGUUUGGAGGAAGGAGACACGCAGGCAACCAAAGCCAGCGUAGCCUCACGAAAUAAGUCAUAA